GUGUGUGUGUGUGUGUGUGUGUGUGUGUGUGUGUGUGUGUGUGUGUGUGUGUGUGUGUGUGUGUGUGUGUGUGUGUGUGUGUGUGUGUGUAGUAGCUCACAUAGAGUUAAUAUUUAGUGUUGAACGUGAAAUGCAUCACAAAUGAGAGAGAGAGCAGAGUGAGAGCAGUGAAGAGAGAGAAGAGUCUCAGCGAGUUGUUCUCUGACAGUCGUUCAGACUUCACCUUCAUCAUCAUCAUCUUCAUCUUCUUCAUCAUCUUCAUCAUGUCGGUUCUUCCUCUGUGGGUGAAAAUGUUGCGGAAGGUCUGGAGGUUGAGGGGCGUCGUCGUCCUCGUCUGCAGCCCGUUCAUCCUGCUGCCGCUCGCCCUCAGCACCACGGAGGCGGCCUGUGCUUACGUCAUCGCCCUCAUGGCACUGUACUGGUGCACUGAGGUUUUGCCGUUGGCGGUGACGGCUCUGCUGCCGACCAUCCUGUUCCCCAUCCUCGGCAUCAUGGAGUCCAAAGACGUGUGUAUGCAGUACCUGAAGGACACCAACAUGCUGUUUGUGGGGGGGCUGAUGGUGGCCGUCGCCGUGGAGCACUGGAACCUCCACAAACGGAUCGCACUCCGAGUUCUGCUGCUGGUCGGAGUCCGACCCGCCCUGUUGAUGCUGGGGUUCAUGGGAGUGACAGCCUUUCUGUCCAUGUGGAUCAGCAACACGGCCACCACCGCCAUGAUGGUCCCAAUCGUCCAGGCCGUCCUGGACCAGCUCCACGGCAACGUAGACCCUGAAUCCUCCUCCAAGACCCAGACAGGGAGCGUCGACCUACACCAGGAACAUAAGGAGAAGACCAGCAGCACUCUGCAAACUGUUGCUGGGAACAUCCUGGAGAACGGUCAGAAUGGGGAAACGUUCACACAAAGCCACUCAGAGGAAUCCAGCAACAUACAAGACGACUCGUCAUCUGAGGGUCAGACGGACGGAGGGGAGAUCGUCAAACCGACGCCACAAGACAAACCUCCAUCAGACGGCACCAACAGUGGGCCUGGUGAGUCCACAGAGGAGAUUCACUGUGCGGUCGUGUCGGUGGAGAACGUCUGCUGUCCGAUGGAGUUGGAGGAGCUGAGCGACGAAGAGGAGGAGAGGAGGAAGCUGAGUAAAGGACUCCUGCUGUGUGUUUGCUACUCGGCCAGCAUCGGAGGCAUCGCCACUCUGACCGGCACCGGACCCAACCUGGUUCUGAUGGGACAGAUGAGCCAACUCUUCCCUCGGAACGGUGACGUGAUCAACUUUGCGUCCUGGUUUGCAUUCGCCUUCCCGACCAUGGUGCUGACGCUGACAAUGGCCUGGUUCUGGCUGCAGUUCCUCUACAUCGGCUGCAACCUGCGGAGGACGUGGGGUUGUGGGAAGGUGCAGUCGAAGAAGGAGCGAGCGGCGUACGAAGUGAUCCGAAACGAGUAUCGCCGUUUGGGACCGGUGAGUUACGGAGAGCUCAACGUCCUGGCGCUCCUCAUCCUCAUGGUGGCGCUGUGGUUCACAAGAGACCCGCGAUUCAUGGACGGCUGGGCCACCAACGUCUUCAACGCCAAGGCAGAGUUCGUCACUGACGCGACCGUCGCUCUGUUUGUUGCUGUUUUGCUGUUUGUUCUUCCUUCUGAGCCACCGCGCUGCUUCUGGAGAUCUGACACAGAGUCCCAGGUGUCACGAGGCCCCGCCCCUGCGCUGCUCACCUGGCAGGUGACUCAGAAGAAGAUGCCCUGGAACAUCGUCCUGCUGCUCGGAGGAGGCUUCGCUCUGGCCAAAGGCAGCGAGGAGUCCGGUCUGUCCCUCUGGCUCGGUGCUCAGAUGACUCCUCUACACUCCAUCCCUCCGUGGGCCAUCGCCGUCGUCCUCUGCCUCCUCGUCGCCACCUUCACAGAGUGCACCAGCAACGUCGCCACGGCAACGCUCUUCCUGCCCAUCCUGGCCUCCAUGUCCCAGUCCAUCGGGUUGAACCCUCUGUACGUGAUGAUCCCGUGCACCCUCAGCGCCUCCUUUGCCUUCAUGCUGCCGGUGGCCACGCCCCCCAACGCCAUCGUCUUCUCCUACGGUUACCUCAAAGUGUCCGACAUGGCUAAAACCGGCGUGGUGAUGAACGUCAUCGGGAUCAGCUGCAUCAGUCUGGCCAUCAACAGCUGGGGUCACAUGAUCUUCGGCCUGGGCUCGUUCCCAUCGUGGGCCAACGCCACCGCGCCCGCGUAGCGACCGACGACCUUCUGCCUCCACUUCCUCUUCAGGGUUCAAAACGUCUCCACAGAUGUUUCUGUUGUUUUCAUUCUGCUGCUUGUGGCUGCCGGUUCUGGUUCUGGUUCUAGUUUUAGUUCUGGUUCUGGUUCUGGUUCUGGUUCUGGUUCUGGUUCUGGUUCUAGUUUUAGUUCUGGUUCUGGUUCUACUUCUGGUUCUGGUUCUGGUUCUGGUUCUAGUUCUGGUUCUAGUUCUGGUUCUAGUUCUGGUCCUGGUUCGGAGCCGGCAGGAACUUCAUCAGGACGUUUGGAGCUUCUCGCUGCUGAUGUUUUGUUGUCAAAGCUCCACUGAAAGACCCGUUUUUAGCAGAAACAUUGACUUUUACAACAUGUUUGCAUUUUGAGUCAUUUCUACUUUUCCAUCUUUUUCUCUGAACAUUAAGCUACUGUCAAUCAGGUGUUUCAAAUUAAAAGCUCUAAACUAUGUCAUUUGAGCUGCUGAAAGACUUUUAAUUUGAAACAUUUGUGAUUACAGUAUAUUAAACCAAAGAUAUUCAGUUCAUAAUAUUGAAUUAAUGCUGUGAAGAAAUGAUAUUGAAUUGAUUAAACAUGGAGGAUUAGUUCACAUCAAUAGCGAAAGAAAACAGGGAGGAUAAAACAUCAUUAAAAUAUGAUUAUAAAUGAGUGGAAGUAUAGUAUAAGUAUAGCAAUAUAGUCUAAUAUCUGAGUUCCUCUUUAAAACUAGAAACCUUCUCCAUAACAUUUAGAUAAAACCUUGAAGAGGUAGUUAUGAUUACUAAAACUAAUAAAAGAUGUUAAUCAUUAUUUGUUCUUUGGUGGGGACUUUAUUUACAGAUAUUAUUUGGAAAGUGACUCCAGAUCAGUGGACAUGCCUUUUCUCUUUCUGCAACAGCUCUUAUCUUAACUGGAAUUAUAUUAAGUAAGAUUAAAUAUACUAUAUGUUUUGUAUUUUUUUUCUAUUUAAACAUACUUGUUUGUAUUGAGUAACGUGUGAGUGAGUGAAUGUGAUAUCUGUACAUACUUUAACCUCCAGAGUUUUGUACCAUCGUAUUGCUAACAGUUUUAUUUGGUGUUAAUAAAAAAAGAAACGUGU